AUGUCAUCCAUUACUCAGACUCAGUCACCAGCUGCAGGGCUGAAAGAGCAGCUACCAAAGGCGGGCAAAAAUCAUCUGGAUGUUGAAGAAGAGCUUGCAUUUUACUCGUCAUAUCAUGCGAACAAGAUCAAUCAGCUUAUUCACUUCGUCUGCAUCCCACAAAUUCUAUGGUCAUGGCUACUCAUAGCUGCGCAUAUAACUCUUCCUGGGACCAAACCUACAAUCCUGUCCACAGGAUUGGCAUAUCAACCUAGUUUGGCGUUAGGAUGGAUAGUAGCUUAUUUGGCUUACUACAUCAUUCUCGAGCCGGUCGGAGGGCUAACAUAUCUCCCUUUCGGUCUACUUUCAUAUCUCACUUCUACAUACUUAGCAGUUUCUCCUCCUUCCUGGAUACCAUUCACCGAUCCAUCUAAACCCUCAGCGCAACCUUUCGGCUGGGCAGUAUUCGCAUUUGCUUGGAUAGCUCAGUUUAUAGGUCACGGUGUGUUUGAACGACGUGCACCUGCUCUAUUUAACAAUCUCGUUCAAGCGUUGGUGUUAGCACCCUUUUUCGUGCACCUAGAAGCUCUGUUCGCUCUGUUCGAUUAUAAACCUGAUCUUCACAAAGAGAUCAAGAAUAAAGCCGGAAUCAAGAUCAGGGAUAUGAACAGAGCAGCUAAGCUUAAGUGA